UCAUUUGAGAGUUCGGUUUUAGGAGGAGCUCCUGAACGCCACACUAAUUGGAACAGGUGGUCACCGAGCCGCGCGCUAACGCAGCUCGUGGGUUGGGCUCAGAGACCAAACAUUUCAGUGAUUUCUGCAUUUUCUGGUGUUCAGCUUGAGAUGAAUGAAAUUGCAGAGGACAGAUCUCUCCUUACUUCCUCCUCCUCUCUGACAUCUCUCAGCUCCAAACAAACAUGGCUGCCAUCUGAAUCCCUUCUUUCCUGGAUGAACAACCGCCAAAUGGAGCAGGAUUCCCGGCACCAGUACGUGGAGACGCAGUCGAGUCCUGCGCCUCCUUUCUUCGAGGAACUCUUCUGCACCUCCAGCUCUCUGGCCCCUCUGGCCGGCGCCCUCCUGGCCUCCAAAGGGCCGCAGAGCGAUGUGGUGAAGAGAGGAUACCUGGGGAAGCUGGAGCUCAAACACAGGAGGUAUUUUGUCCUGAGAGCAGGAAGCCACAUUGGGCCGAGCCGCCUCGAGUGGUACCAGAGCCAGGAGAAGUUCACAGCAGUGGAGAAGACUGCUGGAAGUCUGUUCGGCUCUAGCAAACAAGGGGUGAUCUACUUGAGGUGCUGUGUCGGUGUGAGCCGCAGUGGCAGUUCCGGGAAAGGCCUCACGGUGGCGCUGUGCGCUAAAAGCCAAACCGUGGUGCUUGUGGUGGAGGAGCAGGGGGAGCAGGAGGAGUGGUACCUGGCCAUCAAGAAACUGAUGGAGGAGGAGCGUAAGGAUGAAGAACACGGGGAAGGCUUUGAUGAAGACGAUGAUGGGUACUGCACUCUGCCCCCUGCUGCUUUCUUCAAAGAGGUUUGGCCCGUCGCGGUGAAGCCCCGGGGUUUGGGUUGUACCAAGUCCCUGGCAGGGGAGAGUUGCCUCUGCCUCACAGCUUCGUCGCUCAUCCUGGCCAGAGCGGCUGCAGGCAGCGACUUGCCGUCUGUCACUAUUCCUCUGCUGAGUGUUCGCCGCUUUGGCCACUUGGACGGUGCCUUCUUCCUGGAGCUGGGCAGGUCGGCGCCCAACGGGCCUGGAGAGAUCUGGAUGGAAGCAAGAGAGCAAGGGAGCCUAGCAGUAGCCCAGCACAUCCACGAGGUGGUCCGAGAGACAGUCAGAGCGCUGCGAGCUCUGCCUGACUUCAGCCGCUCUCCCACCUCCAACCACCAGCUUCAAACCCUUCUGGUCUCCAAAGGCUGCCGACCCAAGCACCGAGACAAGCCAGCGGGUCUGAGACCACUCGCUUCACGUGCCAGAAACCCUGAAAGCCCGUGUAAAUGUCCCCACGAAACAGACCCUCAUCAGAGCUCCGAGUCGAGAACUGGCGGCUACAUGGAGAUGAAGAUGGACCAACAUCUCCCGCUGAGCAAAGAGAGGGAGAGAGUCAGCCAAACGCCUCCUAUGUUGACAGAGGAGGAGGACUGGGAGUCGGGUCAGCAGGGGCUGGGCUACAUGGUGAUGUCUCCUCAGUUGAGCCACAGUUUGUCUGCGCUGCCUCAGAACGACUACGUGACGAUGGCGAGCCCACAGAAACCCACAAGGCCAUCUUCCUCUUCAUCCUCCUCUCCUCUCCAGACAUCCUUCAACAGCUCUACCUCUGAGAGCUCCUCUCCGCUGCAUCAUCAGACCCACUGGUUGCUGGCGACUUCUGUCCAACAGUCGGAAGCAGAAACCGGCCAAUCAAAGAGGAGCAUCAGCCAUGCACAGGAUGAGGAAAUGGGGGGACAGUGGCAGCAGAUCCGCCUCCCAGCACACACCAGCACCAGGAGGGAUGAUGGCUCUGAUGUGAUGACUCCACUUGUCUCAGGCGUAGUGAGUCCCAACUGUGGCAGACUCAAAGCUGCCACAGAACGAUCCGUCCGAAGAUGCCGCCUGUCUUUGUGUCUGCCGUCCUGCCUGCAAGCUGAGGACAGAAAUAAAUAACGAAAAAUGUAAAACGGUACGAAUUAAAAUGUAAAGGUGUUUAAAUGUAUGAAUAUGUUAAAUAUAUAUAUAUAUAUGUACAUUUGGAAGUUCAAGUCAUGAAUGCAUACAGAAAGGUCAACUUGCACACUUGAAUCAAGGCUUUAAACUCUGAAUAUGUGUUUGAGAAAAAUAAAGUUGUCUUAGUGAUAGUUAUUGUCUGUUAAUUGCACUUAGUUUUGUCUUCACUUCCUAGUUUCUUUGUCAAUUAUUUGUCUCUUUUGGUGUGGUUUUAGUCAUGCCUUUUGGUUUCCACACCGGUUAAUUUAAAGUGUUUUAAAAAAGUAGUCACAAGAAUGAUUUUGUAUUUGUCUCUUUUUGGACAGCUUUCAUACACAGCUCAGUUUGACACCACAGAUGUUCUUACCUUUUAAAAUUGUCAUUAAACCUGACCUUGCACUUUUUUCUCAAAUGUUCUACAUAAUAAACUGUCUUUUUCUGAAAUACUAUGAAUUUGUCUUAUACUCCAUGUCAUC